AGUUGUGAUUCAGCUGAAAGUGCAUUUCGUUCGUGGUUUGAUUCAAGAUGGCAAGACGCAUGAUGUCCCGGUUGGGCCAGUGGUCUUCUUAUGUUUUUGCAGUGGACUUCGAUACGAACUCUGACCCAAUCUACUUCGCCCUAGCAAGCAAGCAGAGCGAGCGGCCACAAGUGUUCAGAAAUGUCCUCGCUGAUGAAAAGUGCUACUCGCUCCAUGUGCAGAGCGAUGACAAAAUUGAAAGAGCAAAGUUUUAUGGAGGACUGAAAAAAAAACUUUCAAAAGAGUUACCUCCAGAAUGUACGAUUUUGGAAAUGUCCAUAUUUCAGCCAAAUGUCAAAGAUUCUGUCAUCAAAGGAUAUUUUCUAAAAGACGCAUCUAAGUCCUCAGCGACUGAACGAGUAUUAGGCGAGUUGCUUCGCAAUGACCCAGUCUAUGUAUGCUCCUACUUGUGCGGGGGAGAGGACAGACAGUGGUCGCAACACCUGUGGUCCAAUACAGAAGACGGUUGGGUGGAGGUGUUGGAGAAAUACUGCGUGGUACCUGCUGAAAAGCCAGUGCAUCAUCCUUCAACUCUCAGCAUUAUCAACUAUGACGUAUUCUAUAGUUUUGAGGAUGCCUACAAAGUUCUGCAACAGUGUGUUGACAUCAUCCCGGAGUCCAAGGCAGUGCUGGAGCUUGUGGACCAGCGACUCGAGUCUAAGGAGAAAACGGACUUUCCUGUUAUUGUCAUAGAGGGAUUGGAUGCUACAGGGAAAACCACUCUGACUGAGUCCCUGACGGAGGCACUGGGGGCCACUCUCCUGAAGUCCCCUCCGCAGUGUCUGUCCCCAUGGAGGGCCCGCUUCGACACUGAGCCCCCCCUCAUCCGCAGGGCCUUCUACGCCCUUGGGAAUUACCUGACAGCAGGACAGAUAGGCCAGGAGGCCAGACAAGCACCUGUCAUUGUAGACAGGUACUGGCACAGCACAGCAGCCUACGCCAUUGCCACGGCGGUGGGUGGUAAGCUGGGUAACCUGCCCCAGGCUGGCAGUGAGGUGUAUGGCUGGCCAGGGGACCUCCUGAGGCCCAGCCUGGUGCUGAUGCUCAGCCUCAGCUCACAGGAGAGGAUGAGGAGACUACAGGUCAGAGGUCAGGACAAGACCAUGGAGGAGGAGGAGCUGGAGGCCAAUCACCUGUUCAGACAGAAAGUGGAGGAGGCUUACCAGCGGAUUGAGGGCCCGGCCUGCAUCACUGUGGAUGCCAGUCCUUCUCCAGACCAAGUGCUCCAACAAGUGCUACUUUUAAUUAGGGAAAAAUGCCACUUGUAAACAGCUCCUCUCCUCCUCUCCCAGUCUUGCCCCAGAUGGCUAAUAUUCCGUUGUGGUCCACUAGGUGGUAGUAGAGUGCCAUUGAUUUGACAGAGGCAGGGCUAGUGAGAAGAGGGCAGGGUGUAGUAGAGGAUCUGGACUGUGGAUAAGCCUCAUAUGGCAAAGGGCCAGUACUACACACUCACACACACACACACAAUCAUGCCUGCACACAGUAGCACACAGUCUCUCUCCUUCACACACACACGCACACAGAUAGAACCAAGACCCCGACCAGUGCAUGUCACAACAUGCCCUAUUCUGUAUGACUGCCAUCAGUGAGAUGAGGAGAAACGUUAUUAUGAAUGCCAUUGUGUUCUGUCAGUAGUGAUACUUAGGGAUAUGCAGCCAGACAGCCCGCGGUGACAACCAUUUUUAUUAGGCCUGAGAUUCAGGAAAUGAAAGGGAGGGUUUGUAUAGCCAUCAGUCACUUCUAUUUCAUUGAAACGUAUGGGCCAGCAGCUAACUCUACAUUUUCCUUUUGAAGUAGCUAUAUGGACCCAGGGAUUAAAACGCACACACAGAGCAAUAUGAUACAUUUCACAUUACAAUAACACUGCUCAUUUGUUUGAGUACUAUUUCAAAUUAAAGGAAACAUAUUGAAUAUACCAGG